CAGAGCCAGUUUCUUGGAGCGCUUGGCUCCUGUUUUCUCCCCUCCUUCGGAAGGGUCUGUCGAAGGCUGGAGGAAAGAGACGCAGACACAAAGUGCAAAGCAGUUAAUGACCAGCCACAGUGUCCCUGCCGUGAGCUCUGGCCACCGCCUCCACGGGCUCCUGAGCCACACGAGCCACACACAGGCUGCUGUGGGUGCCAGCUGAAGUAACAUGGCUUAUUGGCCUCAGUUAAGGUUGCUGCUGUGGAAGAACCUCACUUUCAGAAGAAGACAAACAAGUCAGCUGUUGCUGGAACUGGCCUGGCCUCUGUUUAUCUUCCUGAUCCUGAUUUCUGUUCGGCUGAGCUACCCACCCUAUGAACAACAUGAAUGCCACUUUCCAAAUAAAGCCAUGCCCUCUGCAGGAACACUUCCCUGGAUUCAGGGGAUUAUCUGUAAUGCCAACAACCCCUGUUUCCGUUAUCCUACUCCUGGUGAGGCUCCUGGGGUGGUUGGAAACUUUAACAAAUCCAUAGUGUCUCGCCUUUUCUCAGAUGCUCGGAGGCUUCUUUUAUACAGCCAGAAAGACACCAGCAUGAAGGAUAUACACAAAGUUCUGAGAACAUUACAGCAGAUCGAGAAUUCCACCUCAAGCUUUAAACUUCAGGAUUUCCUGGUGGACAAUGAAACCUUCUCUGAAUUCCUGUAUCACAACCUCUCUCUCCCAAGGCCCGCUGUGGACAGAAUGCUGGGGGCUGAUGUCAGUCUCUACAAGGUGUUUUUGCAAGGCUACCAGUUACAUUUGAUCAAUCUGUGCAAUGGAUCAAAAUUAGAAGAGCUGAUUCAACUUGGUGACCAAGAAGUUUCCGAGCUUUGUGGACUAGCAAGGGAGAAACUGGAUGCAGCUGAGGGGGUACUUCGUUCCAACAUGGACAUCCUGAAGCCAGUCAUGGUGAGACUGAACUCUACAUCUUUCCCCAGUGAGGAGCUGGCUGAAGCCACAAAAACUUUGCUGGAUAGUCUUGGGUCUCUGGCCCAAGAGCUGUUCAGCAUGAGGAGCUGGAGUGACAUGCGGCAAGAGGUGAUGUUUCUGACCAACAUGAACAGCUCCAGCUCCUCCACCGAGAUAUACCAGGCUGUGUCCCGCAUCGUCUGUGGCCAUCCUGAGGGUGGGGGACUGAAGAUCAAGUCCCUCAACUGGUAUGAGGACAACAACUACAAAGCCCUCUUUGGAGGCAACGGCACUGAGGAAGAUGCUGACACCUUCUAUGACAACUCGACAACUCCUUAUUGCAACGAUUUGAUGAAGAAUCUAGAGACUAGUCCUCUUUCCCGCAUUAUUUGGAAAGCUCUCAAGCCACUGCUUGUUGGGAAGAUCCUGUACACGCCUGACACUCCAGCCACGAGGCAGGUUAUGGCUGAGGUGAACAGGACCUUUCAGGAACUAGCUGUGUUCCACGAUCUGGAAGGCAUGUGGAAAGAGCUCAGCCCCAAGAUCUGGGCCUUCAUGGAGAACAGCCAGGAAAUGGACCUUGUCCGGAUGCUCUUGGACAGCAGAGGCAAUGACCACUUUUGGGAACAGCAGUUGGAGGGCUUAAAUUGGACAGCUCAAGACAUUGUGGCAUUUUUGGCCAAGCACCCGGAGGAUGUCCAAUCUGCUACUGGCUCUGUGUACACCUGGAGAGAAGCUUUCAAUGAGACCAACCAGGCAAUCCAGACCAUAACUCGCUUCAUGGAGUGUGUCAACCUGAACAAGCUGGAGCCGAUAGCAACAGAAGUCCGGCUCAUCAACAAGUCUAUGGUGCUGCUGGAUGAGAGGAAGUUCUGGGCUGGUAUCGUGUUCACUGGAGUCACUCCAGGCAGUGUUAAGCUGCCCCACCAUGUCAAGUACAAGAUUCGAAUGGACAUUGACAAUGUGGAGAGGACGAAUAAAAUCAAAGAUGGGUACUGGGACCCUGGUCCUCGGGCUGAUCCCUUUGAAGACAUGAGGUACGUCUGGGGCGGCUUUGCCUACUUGCAGGAUGUAGUGGAGCAGGCGAUCAUCAGGGUGCUGACGGGCACCGAGAAGAAAACUGGUGUCUAUGUGCAGCAGAUGCCCUACCCCUGCUAUGUUGAUGACAUCUUCCUGCGGGUGAUGAGCCGGUCAAUGCCCCUCUUCAUGACACUGGCCUGGAUUUACUCUGUGGCUGUGAUCAUCAAGGGCAUAGUGUAUGAAAAGGAGGCACGGCUGAAGGAGACCAUGCGGAUCAUGGGCCUGGACAAUGGCAUCCUCUGGUUUAGCUGGUUCAUCAGCAGCCUCAUCCCCCUGCUCGUGAGCGCCAGCCUGCUCAUGGUCAUCCUGAAGUUAGGAAACCUGCUGCCUUACAGCGACCCCAGCGUGGUGUUUGUCUUCCUGUCUGUGUUUGCUGUGGUGACUAUCCUGCAGUGUUUCCUGAUUAGCACGGUUUUCUCCAGAGCCAACCUGGCAGCAGCCUGUGGAGGCAUUAUCUACUUCAUGCUGUACCUGCCUUACGUCCUGUGUGUGGCAUGGCAGGACUAUGUGGGCUUCACACUCAAGUUCUUUGUGAGUCUGCUGUCUCCUGUGGCUUUUGGGUUUGGCUGUGAAUACUUUGCCCUUUUUGAAGAACAGGGCAUUGGGGUGCAGUGGGACAACCUUUUUGAGAGCCCUGUGGAGAGAGAUGGUUUCAAUCUCACCACUUCAGUCUCCAUGAUGCUGUUGGACAGCUUCCUCUAUGGGGUGAUGACGUGGUACAUCGAGGCUGUCUUUCCAGGCCAGUAUGGCAUUCCCAGGCCCUGGUAUUUUCCCUGCACCAAGUCCUACUGGUUUGGUGAGGAGAGUGAUGAGAAGAGCCACCCUGGUUCCAGCCAGAAGGGAAUGUCAGAAAUCUGCAUGGAGGAGGAACCCACCCACCUGAAGCUGGGUGUGUCCAUUCAGAACCUGGUGAAGGUUUACCAAGAUGGCAUGAAGGUCGCUGUCGAUGGCCUGGCCCUGAAUUUUUAUGAGGGCCAGAUCACCUCCUUCCUGGGCCACAAUGGAGCGGGGAAGACGACCACCAUGUCAAUCCUGACCGGGUUGUUCCCUCCGACCUCGGGCACCGCCUAUAUCCUGGGGAAAGACAUUCGCUCCGAGUUGAGCAUCAUCCGACAGAACCUGGGGGUCUGUCCCCAGCAUAAUGUGCUGUUUGACCUGCUGACUGUGGAAGAGCACAUCUGGUUCUACGCCCGCCUAAAAGGGCUCUCAGAGAAGUACGUGAAAGCAGAGAUGGAGCAGAUGGCCCUGGAUGUUGGUUUGCCACCCAGCAAGCUGAAAAGCAGAACAAGUCAGCUGUCAGGUGGAAUGAAGAGAAAGCUGUCUGUGGCCUUAGCCUUUGUAGGGGGAUCCAAGGUUGUCAUUCUGGAUGAGCCCACAGCUGGCGUGGACCCUUACUCCCGCAGGGGAAUAUGGGAGCUGCUGCUGAAAUACCGACAAGGCCGCACCAUUAUUCUCUCCACACACCACAUGGAUGAAGCAGACAUCCUGGGGGACAGGAUUGCCAUUAUUUCCCAUGGGAAGCUGUGCUGUGUGGGCUCCUCCCUGUUUCUGAAGAAUCAGCUGGGAACAGGCUACUACUUGACACUGGUCAAGAAGGAUGUGGAAUCAUCCCUCAGUUCCUGCAGAAAUAGCAGUAGCACUGUGUCAUACCUGAAAAAGGAGGACAGUGUUUCUCAGAGCAGUUCUGAUGCUGGCCUGGGCAGUGACCAUGAAAGUGACACGCUGACCAUCGAUGUCUCUGCUAUCUCCAACCUCAUCAGGAAGCAUGUGUCUGAAGCCCGACUGGUGGAGGACAUUGGGCACGAGCUGACCUACGUGCUGCCGUAUGAGGCUGCGAAGGAGGGGGCCUUUGUGGAACUCUUCCAUGAGAUUGACGACCGGCUCUCAGACCUGGGCAUCUCCAGUUAUGGCAUCUCAGAGACUACCCUAGAAGAAAUAUUCCUCAAAGUGGCUGAAGAGAGUGGGGUGGAUACUGAGACCUCAGACGGUACCUUGCCAGCAAGACGAAAGAGACGGGCCUUUGGAGACAAGCAGAGCUGUCUUCGCCCCUUCACUGAAGACGAUGCUGUUGAUCCAAAUGAUUCUGACAUAGACCCAGAAUCCAGAGAGACAGACCUUCUCAGUGGGAUGGAUGGCAAAGGAUCCUACCAGGUGAAGGGCUGGAAACUCACACAGCAACAGUUUGUGGCCCUUUUGUGGAAGAGGCUGCUGAUUGCUAGACGGAGUCGGAAAGGAUUUUUUGCUCAGAUCGUCCUGCCAGCUGUGUUUGUCUGCAUUGCCCUGGUGUUCAGCCUGAUUGUGCCACCCUUUGGCAAGUACCCCAGCCUGGAACUUCAGCCCUGGAUGUAUAAUGAGCAAUACACAUUUGUCAGUAAUGAUGCUCCUGAGGACAUGGGCACCCAGGAACUCUUGAAUGCACUCAUCAAAGAGCCUGGCUUUGGGACCCGAUGUAUGGAUGGAAACCCAAUCCCAGACAUGCCCUGCUUGGUGGGGGAGGAGGAAUGGACCACUUCCCAAGUUCCCCAGACCAUCAUGGACUUCUUCCAAAAUGGAAACUGGACGAUGGAGAACCCCUCACCUGCCUGUCAGUGUAGCAAUGACAAAAUCAAGAAGAUGCUACCCGUGUGUCCCCUGGGGGCAGGAGGACUGCCUCCUCCACAAAUAGAUACUUACUCUUUCUGCAUCAUCAGGAAUAGGACCAAUGCUUUCUUUGAACUGAUUUUUGAUUUCUUUGUCUUUACUCUCUGCAGCUUAAAGAACAAGAUCUGGGUGAAUGAGUUUAGGUAUGGCGGAUUUUCCCUGGGUGUCAGCAAUUCUCAAGCACUUCCUCCGAGUCGAGAAGUUAAUAAUGCCAUCAAGCUAGUGAAGAAGCACUUGAAGCUGGCCAAGGAUGGUUCUGCAGAUCGAUUUCUCAACAGCUUGGGAAGAUUUAUGACAGGACUGGACACCAAAAAUAACGUCAAGGUGUGGUUCAAUAACAAGGGCUGGCAUGCCAUCAGCUCUUUCCUGAACGUUAUCAACAAUGCCAUUCUCCGGGCCAACCUGCAGAAGGGAGAAAAUCCUAGCCACUAUGGGAUUACUGCUUUCAAUCACCCCCUGAAUCUCACCAAGCAGCAGCUCUCAGAGGUGGCUCUGAUGACCACAUCAGUGGACGUCCUCGUGUCCAUCUGUGUUAUCUUCGCGAUGUCUUUCGUCCCAGCCAGCUUCGUGGUGUUCCUGAUCCAGGAGCGGGUCAGCAAAGCGAAGCACCUACAGUUCAUCAGUGGAGUGAAGCCUGCCAUCUACUGGCUCUCUAAUUUUGUCUGGGAUAUGUGCAAUUACGUGGUCCCUGCCACUCUGGUCAUUAUCAUCUUCAUCUGCUUCCAGCAGAAGUCGUAUGUGUCUUCCACCAACCUGCCUGUGCUAGCCCUUCUACUUUUGCUGUAUGGGUGGUCGAUCACACCUCUCAUGUACCCAGCCUCCUUCGUGUUCAAGAUCCCCAGCACAGCCUACGUGGUGCUCACCAGCAUAAACCUCUUCAUCGGCAUUAAUGGCAGUGUGGCCACUUUUGUACUGGAGCUUUUCACCAAUAAUAAACUGAAUAACAUCAAUGAUAUCCUAAAGUCUGUGUUCUUGAUCUUCCCACAUUUUUGCCUGGGACGAGGGCUUAUUGAUAUGGUGAAAAACCAGGCAAUGGCUGAUGCCCUGGAAAGGUUUGGGGAGAAUCGCUUUGUAUCACCACUCUCUUGGGACUUGGUGGGACGAAACCUCUUCGCCAUGGCUGUGGAAGGGGUGGUGUUCUUCCUCAUUACUGUUCUGAUCCAGUACAGGUUCUUCAUCAGGCCCAGAACUGUAAAUACAAAGCUUCCUCCUCUGAACGAUGAGGAUGAAGAUGUGAGGCGGGAAAGACAGAGAAUUCUUGAUGGUGGAGGACAGAAUGACAUCUUGGAAAUCAGGGAAUUGACUAAGAUAUAUAGAAGGAAGAGGAAGCCUGCUGUUGACAGGAUUUGUGUUGGCAUUCCUCCAGGGGAGUGCUUUGGACUUCUGGGAGUUAAUGGGGCUGGUAAAUCAUCAACAUUUAAGAUGUUGACUGGAGAUACCAGUGUUACCAGAGGAGACGCUUUCCUUAACAAAAAUAGUGUCAUUAAAAAAGUGCUGGUUGUGACCCAAGGAGUCCCAGAGAAAGAAGUUGGCAAGGUUGGUGAGUGGGCGAUUCGGAAACUGGGCCUCGUGAAAUAUGGAGAAAAAUACGCCAGUAACUAUAGUGGAGGCAACAAGCGCAAGCUCUCAACAGCCAUAGCCUUGAUCGGCGGGCCUCCUGUGGUGUUUCUGGAUGAACCAACCACAGGCAUGGAUCCCAAAGCCCGGCGAUUCUUGUGGAAUUGUGCCCUAAGUAUUGUCAAAGAGGGGAGAUCAGUAGUGCUUACAUCUCAUAGUAUGGAAGAAUGUGAAGCUCUUUGCACUAGGAUGGCAAUUAUGGUCAAUGGGAGGUUCAGGUGUCUUGGCAGCGUCCAACAUCUGAAAAAUAGGUUUGGAGAUGGUUAUACAAUAGUUGUACGAAUAGCAGGAUCCAACCCUGACUUGAAGCCUGUUCAGGAGUUCUUUGGACUUGCCUUUCCUGGAAGCGUCCUGAAAGAGAAACACCGGAACAUGCUACAGUACCAGCUUCCAUCUUCAUUAUCUUCUUUGGCCAGGAUAUUCAGCAUUCUCUCCCAGAGCAAAAAGCGACUCCACAUAGAAGACUACUCUGUUUCUCAGACAACACUUGACCAAGUAUUUGUGAACUUUGCCAAGGACCAAAGUGAUGAUGACCACUUAAAGGACCUGUCAUUACACAAAAACCAGACAGUAGUGGAUGUAGCAGUUCUCACAUCUUUUCUUCAGGAUGAGAAAGUGAAAGAAAGUUAUGUAUGAAGAAUCCUGUUUGUACAGGGUGGCUGAAAGUAAAGAGGAAUUAGACCUUCCUUUGUACCAUGUGAAGUGUUCAGGAUGGAGGAGCCAGAAGUCGUCAUGGGAAGAAGUAAACUGGAUACUGUACUGAUAACUAUUCAAUGCAAUGCAAUUCAAUGCAAUGAAAACAAAAUUCCAUUACAGGGGCAGUGCCUUUGUAGCCUUGUAUGGCUCUCAAGUGAAAAAGACUUGAAUUUAGUUUAUUACAUUUAUACCUAUGUGAAACUCUAGUAUGGAACCCAGUGGACAUAUGGGUUUGAAGUCAUACUUUUUUGUUCCUGUGUAUUCUCACUGGGGUUGCAACAACAAUUCAUCAAGUAAUCAUGGCCAGUGAUUAUUUACCAAAAUCAAAAGCCAUCCUCAUUCAUUAAGCUGCGCCAUGCCAAGAAACUGGUUUCCCAGUGACACAUCCAUUGCUGGCAAUGAGUGUGCCAUAGUUACUAGUGCCAAGUUGCUCAGAAAGUCUGAAGCACCAUGUGUGUCAUGCACACUUUUUUGAAAGCUGCUUUGCUCAGAGUCUAUCAACAUCAUUAAAUAUCAGGUGACAAAAUGGUGCCAUGUGUGGAUAAAGACCUACUUUGAUGCCCUCUUUGAUGAGCUGCUCUGGUGGUGGUAACAUGGGCAAUAUGGGUGUCUCCCAACACAGGAGACCUGGUUCCAUUGUUGCGUUGUCUUGUGCUUGGAGCCAUGGAUCUCCAGGGUCAUCUUUCUGGGACUCUUUAAAUAUAUUUAGAUCCUGGUGAGAAGCAAAGACUCAGCAGCCAAACUGUUGGGGCUGCAAGCUGCUGAGGCCAGAGCAUGGGAUUAAAGAGACAGCAUGUGCAAACUUAGGGAGGCCUGUGCCCAUUUGUCCUGAUUGUCUAACACGGUACACCACAUCUCAAGAUCUUUCUUAUUUGACAUAAGUGUAGUAUUAUUUCUGGCUUUUUGAAUUAAUCUAGAAAAUGAAAAGAUGGAGUUGUAUUUCGACAAAAAUCUUUGUACUUUUAAUGUUAUUUGUAAUCUUAAAUUCUGUCAGUGACUUCUGAAACCUUAGAAUGGCCUCUUUGUAGAACCGUGUGGCAUAGAGAGUAUGGCCACACUGCCUUACUAGCUUUAUUUUCUUAUGUAAGUUUGUAGAUCGCUCAUCUGACUAGUGCCUACUGACUAGAUAAUAAUGUGGUAGUCAAGAUCUCAUGACGUUAUAUUUGAGUUUCUUUAUUAUUUAGAAUACUCUUAAUCUCAGUUCAUCAAGUACUUUGAGUGUAUGCCAUAGCUGAAUGAGAAUGUGUGUAUGGAUAGAUAUGGGGAGAAAUUAAGUCUCAGAAGAUUUCCUGUGCCAUGUUAUUCAGCUAACUGGUUUACAAACAUAGUUUGUUUUGCUGAGGUUUUGAGAGCCCACUAAAAGAAUAUUGGGCAGCCUUCUUUUUUUUUUUUUUCCCAAAUAGCAACAAUGCAAAAGCCAAGAAAGUAUAAAGGUCACAAGGUCAAACAAUGAAUUCUUUCACAGAGAAAACAGCUAGCUUGGAAACUUGUUGCACAAUACCACUUGUGCUUAUGGCAUUUAACACCUUCAAAUAACUGGCUUUGCAGAUGCUAGACACCCCAUUAAAUCUCUGACAAUCUCAAUGUUUUCAGUCACUAACCUACCGUGAAAAGAUAAAAACAGCAAAUGCCCCCACAUGGAUUAUUUUUCAGACUUUUUAACAUAGAUUUAUAUUUUUUAGUCAGAAAACACUUUUUAAAAAUAUUUCACUAAUACUUGAUUUCAUCUCUCUUGAGACAAAAUAAAAAUAUAAGAGAACUGCUGUUUGGUGAAGUUCAAGUGAUCUUUCAAUAUGAUUACUAAUUUCUUAACUCCAAAGGUUUAAGAUUUCAGAUUGAUUUCAAAUUAAUCUAUAUAUUUUUUAAAUUUACAGAAUGUUGUUAUAUAGCUUAUUGUAAAAAAUGACUUUUAGAAAUUAAUGUCAACAUCGUCUUCUAAAAUGAUAAUGAAGGCAUAUUUCCAGUAACUAUCGGCAUGACAUCAUUAUAUUUUCCGUUACAUUCAAAGAUAUAAAACUCAUGGGAUAAUUUAGUUUCUCCCUAGUAUUUCUCAAAAUCAAAUUUCUGUUGGCUUUCUCAUUUCACUAUAAUCAUGUUCUAAUUCUUCAUUAUAUUAAGUCCAUGAGCAACUCCUUGCUUUAGUUACUCUGAUCUAAGGCCGUAUUUUAAAAAAUCAAAAGGCGCACUGUGAACUAUUUUGAAAAAAUUACGUUUCAAUAUAGAUUUAAAGGGUCUCCUCUGAAGCUAGAAACAAUCUACAGUUACACACUGACUUCAUUAAUACUGUGUUACCUUUCAGACUAUCCAAAUAGUAAUCUUUUAAAUUUCCCUGUGUAAACCUAACUGUGGUAGAAAUUUUUACCAACUCUAUGCUCAGUCAAGUAAAAUUUCUACAUAUUCCCUGUGGAAAUGUAACAAUGUGAGUUUCAGAAUUUCUUAAAAGAAGUGCUCAAAAAUUUCUGCUUUUGCAUCUUUUGGACACUUUGUAAAACUUAUUAAUUAACUGUGACUAUGAACAAUACAAAAGAAAAUAACCAACCCUCUACACAUAAAUGUCCAGCAUAAUUCAUUGUUAUAAAACAAACCAAACCUCAAACUACUGUAUUUCAGUGUCUGUACUGAAAGCAUAUGCUUUGUGACUAUUAAAUGUUGCACAUCAUUCAUUCACUGUAUAGUAAUCAUUGACUAAAGGGAUUCAUUCACUGUAUAGUAAUCAUUGACUAAAGGGAUUUGUUGAUUUGUUUUUUCUCGUGGUUGUAUAUAUCAGGUAAAAUUUUUUUCCAAAGAGCCAUGUGUCAUGUAAUACUGAACCACUUUGAUAUUGAGAUACUAGUUUGUACUCCUGUUACUAUUUACCAGUAAAAAUGUAAUACUAUGGUAAUAUUGCUCUAAUUCUUUUCAAAAUUGUUGCACCCCUUUUUAUAGAAUGCUUAUAUUUCCAUAAGGAUUAAGUAUGCUAUUAUCCCUUCUUAUACCCUAGGAUGAAACUGUUUUUGUGCUUUUUAUCAUUGGCCCUCAUUCCAAGCACUUUAUGCUUUCUGUAAUGGGAUCUAUUUUUGCACUGGAAUAUCUGAGAAUUGCAAAACUAGACAAAAGUUUCACAAUAAAUUUCUAAGUUAAAUCGUUUUCAUUAAAAGGAAAAAAAAAUUUUGUAUUGUCAAUAACUUUAUAUGAAGUAUUAAAAAGGCAUAUUUCUAUGUUGUAAUGAGUCACAAAAUAAAACUGUGACAGUUCUGGUC